GCCAAUACAGUUCACCGGUAUCCGUACCUACCUUUCUAUUCACAGAAGGACCGGAUAGGCUCGCUUCUAUCCAUACCUGUACUCCGUACCAGCUGCCCCCAUUCCCGGCGCCGCCAAGUCUUCAAGACGUGCUACGUCAGUUCGACCCAAUUCAAAGACCGUCAUCUCCACGACCCGUCCACCAUGCCACCGUUGCACUCCCGCACUCGCUACAUCCCUCCCACCCUCCUCAAUGCCGCCCAUGCCCACGCCCACGCCCUCAUCUCUGGACCCACGGCCUCCGAUCCCAGAACCCCACUGGAACCCGUCCGCGAGCGCCGCCCCGAGAUAUGUGCCAUGAUUACCUACGCACCCUCGCAUAGGUAG